GAGCUGCAGCUGUUUGUCUGUUCGACACAGGCUUGGGCCGGACGGGGGAGACGGAGCCCCAGCUUUCCCUGCUGGGCUGUUACUCUGCUCCUUUCACAGCUCACUUUGCCGGCUUCUGUCAAAACCAGAGGAGCAGGGAGCUGUACUCUGGGUUAGCCCUCACCUUAAAUACACACACGUGCCUGGUUGUGCGCUGAGUACCCUCGGAUACCUCCAAGCAGAUAGCCAGAACUGUUCGGGACAGGAAGGAAACAUUACGGUGAAGCAUUUUGUCUGGGAGAAUCACUGAUAGCUCUGCCUACAGUGAGGAAUCUGAGACCCCUGGCUCCUGGUUCCUGGUCUCUGCAUGGGGUCAGGACUGCUGAAGCUUAGACGCCCCCUCCCCCCCUCCCCCCUUUGCCGCUUUGUGGCACCCCCUCCCUGCACCCUUGUCCCACUCUGGUCAUCUAACCAUGACUAGCAGAAGUGCUGCCAGGCCCAAUGGGCAGCCCCAGGCCAGCAAAAUAUGCCAGUUCAAAUUGGUCCUGCUGGGGGAGUCCGCAGUGGGCAAGUCCAGCCUGGUGCUGCGCUUCGUCAAGGGGCAGUUCCACGAGUACCAGGAGAGCACCAUCGGAGCGGCCUUCCUCACCCAGUCUGUCUGUCUAGAUGACACAACGGUCAAGUUUGAGAUCUGGGACACGGCUGGGCAGGAGCGAUACCAUAGCUUGGCCCCCAUGUACUACAGAGGCGCCCAAGCCGCAAUCGUGGUUUAUGACAUUACUAAUCAGGAAACCUUCGCCCGAGCGAAGACAUGGGUAAAAGAGCUCCAGCGGCAGGCCAGUCCGAGCAUCGUCAUUGCCCUGGCGGGGAACAAGGCCGACCUGGCCAGCAAGCGCAUGGUGGAGUAUGAAGAGGCCCAGGCGUAUGCCGAUGACAACAGCUUAUUGUUCAUGGAGACCUCGGCCAAGACAGCUAUGAACGUCAACGACCUCUUCCUGGCAAUAGCUAAGAAGUUGCCAAAGAGUGAACCCCAAAAUCUGGGGGGUGCAGCAGGCCGAAGCCGGGGUGUGGAUCUCCAUGAGCAGUCCCAGCAGAACAAGAGCCAGUGUUGUAGCAACUGAGGGUGGCUGGCCUCAGCAAACGCGGAGCCAGCACGAGAGCCAAGAAAUGUCCUCCACCCCACCCUCAGCACACAGCCCCCCGGUAACAGCACAGAGCCCCGGCUCCCGAAGGCUGCCUCCUGACAGCUCUGUCA